GAUGAGGAUCGAACUACAAGACCGAUACACUCUUGCAACAGUCGUCCCAACUCCAACCACCUUUUAUGCACAUGCGAGCCACAGAUACCCGCGCACACGCACUCUGUCAACCCCUUCACCGCCGACACGGGCACACAAACUCUCAACGCUGGCCUUUCCGCCCUAUUCCAUGGGGAUGCUUCGGCGCCGUCCAAUUACAUGGCCUGGAGACCAGAAGCGCUAACCUGUCAUCGCUGUAUUAUCAGUCCUAGCUACGCCUGUCAACAGUCAUUCGACGACGAACGCAGCCCAGUGGGCUACAGCCAGGGCAUGUCGUUUCGCUCUCGUGUGCUGUUCUCGUACAUAAAUUUUGCAUUUUCACCUGAACCCGAGCCUCACAAUCAGGUCACUCGAGUUCCAUUAUCUCUUCCAUCUACUUCGUACAAAGCUACUUCUCUUUCAGUAGUGCAACUUCGCGCCUCCCAUCAGAUCCCAUUUCUGGCCUACUUUCAGCCUGUCCGAUCCGGUAUCCUGUCUUCGCUUUACAACCUUUUUUCCACCCUUUCAGAACCCUUGCUCCCACCAGCACUCGCUCGAUCCCAGCAUCAAUUCCCAUUCUUUGGCCAAGCCUCUUCUUCAUUUGCCCCGGUACUCUGA